AUGCCAGUUCGUAAGCAAGAGGCCCACCGAGCAUUAGAACUGCUAGAAGACUAUCACAGCAAAUUAAUAAAACCGCAAGAUCGCCAGCUCCGUCUUGCUAUCGAAAGGGUUAUCAGAAUUUUUAAGUCACGCCUUUUUCAAGCUCUUCUUGAUAUACAAGAAUUUUAUGAAUUGACUCUUCUCGAUGAUACGAAAUCUAUACAACAGAAGACUGCUGAAACGAUUCGUAUAGCAAACAAGUGGGAAGCUGACAGCGUACGUGGUGAAGUGAGUAUUAAUGAUCAUGAUUACAAGUCAGUUUCAAAUGCCUUUCUUCAGGACAACAACAGAAAGUCCGAUAAUCGCAAUGUUUCUACACCAGAUUCCGCAAAGAUUGGAGCAAUUCCUGCCAUCAUAUCACCAAGAAGUGAGACAGAAGAGAAAAAGGUUCACGUUUCGACACCUGAAAUGAAGCAGGUAAAUAUAAAGUUGCAGAUAAAUGGAAUAGAAGGUGGAUCGGAGCGUACAGUUGGUGAAGAUGGAUAUUUGUACUUAACUGUGGUUUUAUCUCGUGCUGGUGGUGCUGGACUCGGUUUCAGUAUUGCCGGUGGCUCAGACAACCCUCACAUUGCUGAUGACCCACUUAUUUAUGUCACAAAACUUAUACCUGGUGGAGCGGCUGCCGCAAGUCAGUUGCAAAUCAACGAUGCAAUACUACAGGUCAACGACACGUCAGUCGAAAACGUAACACAUGCUGAGGCAGUAGAUGCAUUAAAAAAGGCCGGUAGCACAGUAAGACUGAAAAUAAGACGUCGACAAACCAAUGAAGACUUAUUAAAUGUAUCACAAAUAUCUAAUAAAGAAGAGGCAGUGGAGAUCGAGUUAGUGAAAGGUGGUUCAGGGUUAGGCUUCAGCAUAGCAGGUGGUUUAGGGAAUCAGCACAUACCGGGAGACAAUGGCAUAUACGUGACCAAGAUUAUGGCUGGUGGAGCCGCCCAUCGAGACGGACGGUUGAGGGUUGGCGACAAACUACUUAUGGUUAAAAAUACGUCGAAGGGCGACGUUUGCCUGGACAACGUGACGCACGAGGACGCGGUGAGCGCGCUGAAGGCGGCGGGCGAGCGCGUGCAGCUGCUGCUGGUGCCGGGCCCGCGCCACGGACAGCCCUCGCCCCGGACGUCGCGCGCUAACACUCCUUCGAGCACGGCGAACUCGCUGCGUCGGUCGUCGGACGCGGCGGACGGCGACGAGGAGCAGGCGCGCGUGGUGGAGCUGGAGAAGGGGCCGGCGGGGCUGGGCUUCAACAUCGUGGGCGGCGAGGACGGGCACGGCAUCUACGUGUCGUUCCUGCUGGCCGGCGGGCCCGCCGAGCGCUCGGCGCGCUUGCGGCGCGGCGACCGCCUGCUGGCCGUCAACGACGUGGACCUCGCGCACGCCACGCACGAGCAGGCCGCCAAGGCGCUCAAGAGCACAGGGCAGAACGUCAAAUUGACUGUCGUGUACAGGCCACAAGAAUACAAUAAAUUUGAAGCUAGAAUCAAUGAACUAAAACAACAUCAUACACUCCUGAGAACAUCUCAAAAGCGAUCCCUAUAUGUAAGAGCACUAUUCGAUUAUGAUCCCAUUAGAGACGACGGAUUACCAUCCAGAGGCCUACCAUUCCGAUAUGGUGAUAUAUUGCACGUCACUAAUGCAUCCGACGAUGAAUGGUGGCAAGCUAGACGGCUGGACAGUACGGACCCCGAGGCCGUGGGCAUCAUCCCGUCCAAGCGGCGCUGGGAGCGCAAGCAGCGUGCAAGGGACCGCCAGGUCAAGUUCCAGGGACAGGGCACGCCCGUCAGCACGAGUCAGUCGACAUUAGAAAGAAAAAAGAAAACAUUGUCGUUUAGCAGAAAGUUCCCGUUCAUGAAGAGUCGCGAAGAUGGUAAAUCAGAAGAUGGCUCGGACCAAGAGCCUUUCAUGCUUUGUUACACACAAGAGGACACAAAUGCCGACGGGGAAAUCUUGUACCGAGUGGAACUUCCCAUGAUGGAGGAGAUAACGCUCAUAUAUCUCGAGGACGAGAGUCAAGACGAAGCGGUUUUGUCGUACGAAACAGUACAGCAGUUAACUAUUAAUUACACUAGACCUGUUAUUAUCCUGGGUCCACUCAAAGAUAGGAUCAACGAUGAUCUUAUAUCGGAGUUCCCUGACAAGUUCGGCAGCUGCGUGCCUCAUACGACGCGGCCUCGUCGAGACUACGAGGUGGACGGACGCGACUACCACUUUGUGGGCAGUCGCGAACAGAUGGAGCGCGACAUUCAGAACCAUCUCUUCAUAGAGGCGGGCCAGUACAACGAUAACCUUUACGGAACAUCCGUAGCCUCUGUACGGGAAGUGGCUGAAAAAGGCAAACAUUGCAUUUUGGAUGUGAGCGGAAACGCCAUUAAGAGGUUACAAGUGGCGCAACUAUAUCCCAUUGCCAUAUUUAUUAAACCAAAGAGUGUAGAAUCUAUAAUGGAAAUGACGAAGCGAAUGACCGAAGAUCAAGCGAAGAAAACUUACGAACGUGCUCUGAAAAUGGAGCAAGAAUUCGCUGAAUAUUUCACAGCGGUGGUGACAGGCGACACGCCGGAGGAGAUCUACGCGAAAGUGAAAGCGGUGAUUAUAGCGGAGAGCGGGCCCACUGUGUGGGUUCCGCGUCGCGAGCCGCUGUGAAACUACCCUCGCUCCGACCAUUACAAUACUGCACACGCACACAAAGCGUUGCAGUACCUUCUCCCUUAUUAAUCCUAAAGCCUUUGACGUUUGAAGUAAUGCACCGAUACCAACACGGCGUAAAAGUAUACUUGAAUUAACCGAAGCCUUACACGAUUUGAAUAUAAUAUGGAAACUAUCAUUCAAUCCUAAUUACCUCAGUAAGAGGUUUGCCAUUUUA